AUGGUAUCGCGUGAAUCAGACGGCUUCGUCGCCUAUACGCUUGGCAUGAAAGAGUGCGUAGUCAGACUUGUUGGCACUCGAGCUUCGAAUCGUUUCCGGCGUCAACGGCCAAUAGUCUGUCAUGCCCGAGAUAACAAACCGUGCUUGGCUGUUGGCUUGUGUGGGCAGCAGAUGAACUUGGUCGAGCUGGUUCGCCCACGCCUGGCGACAGUCGAGGACAGGAACGCUCUUUGGGCCAAUCUUGAGUAUAUUGACUGCUUCGCUACCGAUCACGCUCCUCAUACUUGGGCUGAAAAAGACGAUCCAGAAAAGGCUCCACCCGGCUUCCCUGGUGUGGAAUACAUGGUGCCACUAUUGUUGACAGCGGUCUCGCAAGGAAAAUUGACUAUACGGCAACUGCUCGACCGACUAUACUACAAUCCGAAGCGAAUAUUCGGUUUACCCGACCAGCCAGACACGUAUAUUUUGAUGCUGAGUAUUUGGCACUAUUUUUUUUCGACUGAUGGAUAUCUUCAGGUUGAUCUGAAUGAGGAGUGGAUGAUCCCCGAAAGUGGUGGAGAAAGCAAGGCGGGAUGGACACCGUACGCGGGAAUGAAAGUUCGAGGACGAGUCCAGAAAGUCGUUGUUCGGGGAGAAGAGGCUUUUGUUGAUGGAGUGAUCCAUGCUAGGCCUGGCUUUGGCAUGAAUAUUCGUUCGUUCACAAGAGCUGAUGUGUUACUUGGUAGUUCGAGUAAUGAAGUGGUCAGUCUGGGAUCAAAUGUGCUACGUGAAUUGCAAGUGGGCACUGAUGAACAACCGGAAGCUGAGGCCAAGGUUUCGAUGGAAGAUAGCCCUCCUAUCUUACCUGUUGCACAAUUUACACCUCGAGAAGUGACGCUAGCUGGAAGCCAUUUGCUUUCCGUGCAUGAUCUCAACAAAGCAACCAUCAACAACAUUUUCGAUGUGGCUGAUCGGUUCCGAGCUGACGUUGAGAGGAAACAUCCCUUGACACAUGUUCUAGAGGGUUAUGUGCUUGCGUCAAUGUUUUACGAGGUGUCUACACGAACAGCAAGUUCGUUCUCAGCAGCAAUGCAGCGUCUCGGCGGAGGAGUUGUCCAUAUGGAUAGCUUCUCGUCGUCUGUACAAAAGGAUUCGGUAACAGUUAUGUCGAACUAUGCGGAUAUCGUUGUGCUACGACAUAAGGAGACAGGUGCAGCUGCACGAGCUGCUACAGUAUCCUCUCGUCCAGUAAUCAAUGCUGGUGAUGGAGCUGGAGAGCAUCCAACUCAGGUAAGGGCGUCGGUCCUUCUGGAUUUUCAUGAGCGCCAUCAUGGGUAG